AGAACCUCGUCAAGAACUGCAUUUUACUGACGGUUCCCUAAAUGUGAUGUCAUCUUCUUCUGAUUCAGGAUUCAGGAUUCAGGAUUCCGGGAAGGAAACUUCGCUUCUCUCGUCGAGUCUCUGGCCCUCUCAGCUCAAAACCAACUCAAUUUGUAUUCUCUGCUCACAAUUGACGUCUAAGUUCUGUUAUCUCAACAAAACCUCAACUGUAAAAAGCUAGUCCGUGGAUUCCAGUUUUGAAUUUUGUCGAAAAAGCUUGAUCUUUGUUCCCUCCAUCGUUGCUUUUAGCUUUAGGUUUCUGCAAUUGGUGCCACUUGAUCCGGCCAUUGUUUUUUGUCUUCUUCGAUGUUCAACAGCGUUUCCAUCUCCAUCUCCGAUGACGAGUCAGACGAGCUCGCUGGAAAGAUGCGAGUUCGAUCUCGAAGGAAACGCAAGAAAUUAAGGUUUCGAGGGCAGGAUGAUUUUUUGCGCCGGAUGUUUAGGAAGUUGUUAAAAUGGUGGAUGCUUUUGCUGUUCCUGCCUGCGGUUGGAUUGCUCAUACUCGAGACAUCGAGAAUCGCCGGAAAGCCUAAUGAGGGUUCGAAAUCGUUGUCGAAAUCGGGAUUUGUUGGAGAAGAGAUAUCGGAGGGGAACUUAAAUCAUCUAAAUCCGACGACAAGGAUGGUUAACGGGGUCAGAGAACAGGUAGAGCAUGAGUUGAAGAAGCUUGAUCGUGACAGUUGGACAAUGAAGAUGGCCACAUCAAAUUUGAGGACGAGUUCUUUCAAAUAUGGGGAGAAUGAUGUAGUCAUGAUGAUGGACAAUUAUUGUCCAUUCCACUUUCUCCCAUGUUGCUUGAAGCUUCUACCUCCAGAAAAACUCCAGCAUCUAGAUAUACCUGCAGGCGAAGAACCAACCCUUCCUGUCAAAAGAUUGGUAUACAAAUCAGAUAUUGAGUCAUCUUAUGUAGGAGGCAAUGCUACAGUGCUACAACAUACAGAAGCUACAAGAUUCAACUUAUUCACAGGGUACCAAACUCUUCAUGAAAGAGAACAAAGUUUUAAGGUGAAUGAAACUGCUGUGGUGCAUUGUGGUUUCUACAGUGAAAAUGGAGGAUUUAAGGUUUCCAUAGAGGACAAAAAUUACAUGCAAACUUGCAAAGUUGUUGUCUCUACUUGCACAUUUGGUGGUGGAGAUGAUCUUUAUCAACCUAUAAAUAUGACUGAAGAGUCUCUAAGAAAGGUCUGCUAUGUUGCAUUUUGGGAUGAUAUUACUUUCAGAACCCAGGAAGCAGCGGGAAGGAAAAUUGAUGAGAACCAGAUGAUUGGUAAAUGGCGCAUCGUGCUUGUUAAGGAUCUUCCCUUCACAGAUCAACGGUUGAAUGGUAAAAUCCCUAAGAUGUUGAGCCAUCGACUAUUCCCUCAAGCAAGGUAUUCAGUAUGGGUAGACUCUAAAUCCCAGUUUCGAAGGGAUCCGUUAGGUGUGUUGGAGGCACUUCUUUGGCGUACAAAUUCAACGCUUGCAAUCUCAGAGCAUGGAGCUCGUAGUAGUGUUUAUGACGAGGCCAGGGCUGUGGUUAAGAAACACAAAGCGACCCCAGAAGAAGUUGAGGUGCAGUUGAGCCAGUAUCGUCGUGAUGGUUUUCCUAAUGACAAGAGGUACAAUGGCAAGAAAGCUCUUUCUGAAGCUUCUGUUAUUUUGAGGGAGCACACACCAUUGACGAAUUUGCUCAUGUGCCUCUGGUUCAAUGAGGUAGUUCGUUUCACAUCACGCGAUCAGCUCAGUUUCCCUUAUGUUCUGAGGCAAUUAAAAGUGCUGAAGACUGUAAAUAUGUUCCCUGUCUGUACACGCAAAGAUCUUGUGAAUAGUAUGGGCCACUUGCGCAAAGCUCAACCCCUGGUGACUUGAGAUUUGUUGGUGCCCAGAUUGGAGGAGAGGGUAGGCGUUGUUUUCAUCCAUAAUUAAUCUGUAGGUGAUUCUCGAACUAGAUUAGUGUAAUGCCUUCAUUCUUUCCAUCCUAUUCAUUUUUUGCAUUUUCAGUUAAUUGUAUCUGCAAGUGGUGCUCAUAUAUAGCCAAUUUCCUGUUUCGUUGCCUCAUACACUCUCAUAGAUAUUUAUCAUGAUUUUCUGUUUCGCAGUAGGUAUUAA